GAAAAGCAGCUUGUGCUGUGCUUACCCUCAAAGGAGCACACCAACACUCACAGCGACACGAUCAUAGUGUGUGUACACCCUCCUGCAGCCUGCACUCCAAACCUACAGAUAAGACGACUGAGAUGAAUCCUGAAGGUGUUCCACUGCAGGGGAGGGGAUAUGAAGGAUAUCCAGGAUAUCCAGGACAGCCUGGAUAUCCAGGACAGCCUGGAUAUCCAGGACAGCCUGGAUAUCCAGGACAGCCUACAGUGGUUCAGUCCACCACUGUGAACAUCAUCACUGAGCCCCCCAAAGACCACAUCAUCUGGUCCCUCUGCUGCUUCGUCUACUCGAACCCCCUCUGCCUCGGGCUGGUGGCUCUCAUCUACUCCAUCAAGUCCAGAGAUCGGAAGAUGGUUGGUGAUCUGGAGGGGGCUCGACAUUAUGGAGGAACCGCCCGCACCUUCAACAUUAUAUCUUCUGUUUUGUUUGGCAUAGGGAUCUCUAUCUUCAUUAUUGUCAUCAUCACUUUCCACAUUUCGGCAAAUAAUGCAUACAAUUAUCGUUAUCGUUAUCGGUAAUAACUGACAAAAACUGAACUGUAAAAUCAUUUUGGUUAACUGAAACUAAAAUAAAAAAUAAGGCUUUACUAGAUUAAAAACUAGCUAUAACUUGCCUACCUGAAUCUGUAUCGUGUGUUUACAAAACGAAAUAAAAAUUACAUUUUAG